AUGAUUGUAAUCCAGACUUUCGCAGGAGUUCAGUAUGUCUACCAACCUCCUCCUGCAGAUGAUCUUGGUGAUCUCCAGCAGCUUUGGUCUACUAGCGAGGGUUUUAUGCUGGUCAGACAUCCUUUCGUUCGUCUAGUGUCAGCAUAUGAGGACAAGAUGUUAAACCCUCAUCCGUUCCCGUACAGGUUCCAUCACUCUGUUCAGGAACAGAUAAAGAAGAGGAGAAGGAACAACAAGAAGAAAAUUGCAUUCCCAAAAGAAAUAUUGCAGAGCAAAAAAUAUCAGCUGAUGCUACGGAGGAAUGUGAUAAAUCUUGCUCAGCUCAGAUCUCAGCCAUCUUUUCCAGAAUUUGUAGAUUGGUUGAUCAGAAGCAGAGAAAAUCUAAAUGCUACUCCAGCCUCCUGGUUCAAAGAAAAUACAUGGACUCCUUUCUACACAGUGUGCCCUGUUUGUGACUUAAACUAUAAAGUUCUAAAACUAGAUGGAGAUCAAGAUGAGAUAAAGCAGUACAUUACAACCAGAAAACUCAAUAUGUCUCCAAAUAUGGCAGUGCACGCAAUUGGAGGCAAACGAAACUCGUUGAACAAGGCCAGUAAAUAUUUUGAGAAGUUAACAAAAAACCAGAUUCUGAGUUUGGCAGAAAUCUACAAAUAUGAUUUUGAACUGUUUGGAUACGAGUAUGAAGAUUAUCUAGUGCUUGGUAAAGAAGAGGACCCCAAGAAAAUGGCAGAAAAGAAAGCGGAGCCCAACAAAAGGAGACAAUUUGUCGGUUUGAGGAAAAAUGGCAAGAAUCGAAAGUUUGCAGCCAAGAAAGCUUUACAGAAAAAGAACAAUAAAAUACUAAAUUCCAACAAGAACAAAUUAGGAGCAAAGAAACCCAAUCCAAAGUCUAAAAAGAAUAGUUUAAAUAAGAAUAAAAACAAUUGGAACACGAACGGACAGAAUUCAUUGAAGAAAAAUUUACAAGCCAAGAGGAAUCAAAAUGGAAGGAAAAUGAUGAAAAAUAACAAAUUUCCAAACAGAAACCAAAGUCAAAAUUCUAAACCUGACCAGCCUUAGUGUCUGGAGAAUAUUUUAAACUUAAUAAAGUUCAUUUAGUGUCGAAGUGAAUUUAAGCAUUAAAAUAAUUAGGUUUGGUGUGGAAUUAACAAAUGUUGUCUUCUUUAUGGCUUAUUUUAUAGUAUAACAUUUGUCAUUGAAACAUUUUAUUAUUUCAAAAAAAUGUUUAUUUUGAUAUUGAGCAUUAUGUAAACCUUACCUGCUUUGUAUUUGUAAUACGUAUAUAUAUGAUAAUGAUUUACAGUGAGGCCCAUGCUGUAAUUUAUGCACUUAUGCUUUCUGUAGCCCUUUACAUGUACAUUGUAGCACUUUAAAUUGGCUUUUAAGAAGUAAUUGGCAAUAUUCUCAUAGAUUUUCUCUUGAGAGCUUGGGACCUUUAAAUUAUAGUGCAAUAAAAACUUUGGAAUAGGAGUGAAUCUUUAGGAAAUUUUGUUUGAUUUGGUUAAUAUGGUUAUAAACCAAAUAGUUCUCCCAGCAGCUAAAAAAUUAACUUGUAUAAUUAAGGGACAUGGGUCUGUGAACAGUGAUAACUGCACACUGCACAUUUCUGUGUUCCAUGUUUAUUGGAAUUAAAUUUGUUAUUCCACUUUUUGGAUCUCAUUGUAGUUAAUAUGACACAGCCUGCAGGGUGUUCAAACAAUUUUAAGAUCGUCAUUGAUUUCAAAUUCAAAUCAAUUUAAAAGAAAGUUAUUAAGAAAAUGUCUUUGACAGAUAUCUAAUUCAAAAAUGUUAAACAUACAAAAAUUGCUGUAUAUAUCUUGGUAUUGGAUUCACGAAAAGUGUAACAUACAAGUCAUCAUUUAAUUCGCAUGUUUUGCGAAAUACCCUGUAGUGUAUAAUAAAAUGUAUAAAUUUGCUUCUACAUGUAUUUAAGAAACCAGUGUCUUCCGUUUUGAGCAUUAUGUAACUGUAAAUUUUGCAAUUUUUUCAUUUUAAAACCAAUUCUUGAAAUAAUUUAUGAAAACUCCCUCUUUUGCAUUUCUAAAAGAAACAUAAUUGUGAAAAGAAAUAACUUCAAUAAAUAAGAAUUUAAACAAAUAUAAAAAUUAAUUGUGUUUUUAGCUUUUGUCAAUUUGUGUUUCCAUUGUCUUCCAUCUUAUCCUUUCAAAAAGCUGAUAAAAAUAAUCAGAUUUUGUUAAUUCAUUAAAAUUGGUUGCCUCCAUCGUCGUAUGUUUAAGAGUAUUAUUUAAUUGUAACAAUGUACUUUUAUAUCGUUAUUUCUUAAUAUCUUUAUGAAUAUAAACAUAAUUGAUAAAGGCCGUCG